AUGGCUCUGCAGGAGAAUGUGGCACGCAGAUCUGGGAAUUUUCCUGAUCGAGACGAAAAAACCGCUUCCAAAGAGACCAACCAGAAUGCUCUGACUCCCCAUAUCGAUUCUGGAAUGUUCAGCGCCCAUUUCAAUAUUCAUUCGCAGCAGGAUCGACUCCAAGCUCAUCCUGAAGACGAUGCAAGUCCCAAUCGGCAUCAACGUGGACAUACACAUACUUCAGCCUAUUGUCAAGACAAAGCCGAACCAUUUGUGAAUAUUGCAAAGGAAUACGACCAAGAAGAUGGCAAUCGCAUCGGAAAUCAAAUUGAAAAGGUGAUCGAAAUACAGCUGGGAGGGAAGUUCAACACGGCGCUUCCAAAAAUGAUUGAAACAGACUUCACAGAAGAAAAGGCUUUGUUGGCUGUUGACAUCAAAGAUAUCGGCAUUAGCUCGAGUCAAGUGAUUAACCAAUUUCAAACGGAAAUUCCGACCACACUUCCAAUCCCAAUCAAUAUGGUCGAAGGCAAUGAACCUCUUCAGGUGGCAGUCAUGGCUACAGCAGAUAUCAGUCCCAACACUACGGCAGAUAAUGUGCUUGUCAUCGCAAACGACACCGAGCAAUUUCCAAUCUUAUCCGGCAGAUUGACGACUUAUUCCCUGAUCCCUGGAGAACCAGCGGGGGCUCAGGUUGAACAGGCCGAAGAAUCGCGUGGCCCGAGGACACCCCAGUUGCAACCUGGAGGUUAUGGGUUUCAUGUCCCUGUCAACCCAAACGACGCCUUGGAAGCUGCGCGUUUCUUAAAUCUAAUCGCGCUCAAAUCUUUUCGUUGCAACGUCGUUACAGAGGCGAUUGAUGGGCAGCAAGAGCGUCUGCAGGUAACUGAGGAGCGGCUCAAUUAUCAUGAUGACCUGCUCGAGUACGCCAAUGACUUCAUUGACGCUUCCGGCCAUGAUGCCAAUUUUGACCGUUUCUCUCAUGUGUCAUUACAAGCUCGCAUUUCCGCUCGACAAGGGGGCACGCAUUUUCUUGAAUCGGGCCUUCACCCUAACUCGUCUAUCCACCACGAAGCAACAAAAUCCAACACACGAACCUCUCAGGCUGUCAGCAGUAAGCAACUUCAACCCCAUAACGAAAGGGAUAUGCUAAUGAAUUAG